CUGGCGGUUCCUUGCGUGGCAGACUGAGGCCGGCCGAAGUUUCCAGCAAUCUCUGCCGCUGUCCCUCCCAGCUUUGUCCGCUGCAGCCAGUGGUUCGGGCUCCCUGCUGAGCGAGCCCCCAGGCAGCAGUUCCCGGCGCCCGCCUACCCGGCUGUGAGCCCUCCGACCGCCGGGAUGCGGCCCCUGCUGCUGGGGCCGCUGCUGGCCUCCGUCUGCUGGCUCAUCCUGGCCGAAGCCAAGAGCGACCCGAAGCCAGAGGAUAACCUAUUGGUUCUCACGGUGGCCACCAAGGAGACAGAGGGAUUCCGGCGCUUCAAGAGGUCCGCCCAGUUCUUCAACUAUAAAGUCCAGGUCCUCGGCCUUGGAGAGGACUGGCAAGGUGGGGAGAAGGAAACUACUUUGGGAGGUGGCCAAAAAGUCCGGCUCCUGAAAGCUGCUCUGGAGAAGUAUGCAGAUAAGGAAGACCAGGUCAUCCUCUUCACAGACAGCUAUGACGUGGUGUUCGCCUCUGGCCCCAGAGAACUCCUGAAGAAGUUCCGACAGGCCAAGAGCCGGGUGGUCUUCUCAGCUGAGGAGCUCAUCUAUCCUGACCGGAGGCUAGAGAUCAAGUAUCCCCAGGUCCAUGAUGGGAAGAGAUUCUUAGGCUCUGGAGGCUUCAUUGGCUACGCCCCAAACUUGAGCAAGAUGGUGGCCAGCUGGGACGGCCAGGACAGUGACAGUGACCAGCUCUUUUACACCAAGAUCUUCUUAGACCCGGAACAGAGGGAGAAGAUCAACAUCACUCUGGACCAUCGCUGCCGAAUCUUCCAGAACCUGGAUGGAGCCUUAGAUGAGGUGGUACUCAAGUUCGAGACGGCUCAAGUCCGAGCGAGGAACCUGGAGUACGACACCCUGCCCGUCCUGAUACACGGCAAUGGGCCCACCAAGCUCCAGUUGAAUUAUCUGGGGAACUACAUCCCUCGAUUUUGGACUUUCGAGACGGGCUGCACCGUGUGUGAUGAGGGCCUGCGGAGCCUGAAAGCCAUUGGGGAUGAAGCUCUGCCCUCAGUCCUCAUCGGAAUUUUCAUAGAACAGCCGACUCCGUUCCUCUCCCUGUUCUUCAAGAGGCUUCUGAACCUCCGCUACCCCCGGAAACGGCUUCGACUCUUCAUACACAAUCACGAGGAGCACCAUGAAGCCCAGGUGGAGCAGUUCAUAGCAGACCAUGGCAGUGAGUACCACACGGUCAAGCUGGUGGGACCGGAGCAGCGUGUGAGGGGCGCCGAUGCCCGGAACAUGGGCGCGGACCUGUGUCGGCAGGACCGAGACUGUACCUAUUACCUGAGCAUGGAUGCUGAGGUGGCCCUGACCAACCCAGAUGCCCUCCGUCUUCUGAUCGAGCAGAACAAAGCUGUCAUCGCUCCCUUGGUGAUCCGGGCAGGGAGGCUGUGGUCCAACUUCUGGGGGGCCCUGAGUGCUGAUGGUUUCUACGCCCGCUCCGAAGACUACGUGGACAUCGUCCAAGGGCGACGUGUUGGCGUCUGGAACGUCCCCUACAUCUCCAACAUCUACCUGAUCAAAGGCAGCACCUUGCGGGGCGACCUGCAGCAGAAGGACCUAUUUCACAGCAGCAAGCUGGACGCUGACAUGGCUUUCUGCUCCAACGUCCGCGAGCAGAAUGUCUUCUUGUUUGUGACCAACCGGCAUUCCUUCGGCCGCCUGCUGUCUGUGGACAAUUACCAAACAACUCACCUGCACAAUGACCUCUGGGAGAUCUUCAACAAUCCAGAGGACUGGAAGGAGAAAUACAUCCAUGAGAACUACACAGAGGCCCUCAAGGGGAAGCUGGUGGAGACGCCCUGUCCGGAUGUGUACUGGUUUCCCAUCUUCACGGAGACAGCCUGCGAUGAGCUGGUGGAGGAGAUGGAACACUUCGGCCAGUGGUCGGCUGGCGACAACAAGGACACUCGAAUUCAGGGCGGCUAUGAAAACGUCCCGACGAUUGACAUCCACAUGAAUCAGAUAAAGUUUGAGAGGGAAUGGCACAAGUUCCUGGUGGAAUACAUCGCUCCCAUGACCGAGAAGCUCUACCCAGGAUAUUACACCAGGGCCCAGUUUGACCUGGCCUUCGUGGUCCGCUACAAGCCGGAUGAACAGCCCUCCCUAAUGCCGCACCACGACGCCUCCACCUUCACCAUCAACAUUGCCCUCAAUAGGGUGGGCGUGGAUUAUGAGGGAGGAGGCUGCCGGUUCAUCCGCUACAACUGUUCCGUCAGAGCCCCCCGAAAAGGGUGGACCCUCAUGCAUCCGGGCCGACUCACCCAUUACCACGAGGGGCUCCCGACCACCAGAGGAACUCGAUACAUCGCCGUCUCCUUUGUCGACCCUUAGGAGCCCAGGCUUCGUCCCUGUGGACCUUUCCCCUUUUCUGAGCCUCCAGGACUGACCCUUGGCUGCCUUCAGCCGAGCCUCAGGGGGCUUCUUGUCCCUCUUUGAGAGCCCAGGAUGGGAAUCGGAACGGAUUGCCCCAGAGAUGGUGCUCACCUUAUUUCUCACAAGGCUGCGGCCUGCUGGCUCCGGGAGACGCCCUUGGCCUUAAAGACUGCCUGCCCUUCCUUCUGCUUUCCUCCGCUCCUUAGGAGCCGAGUGUCCCCCACUUUCUGCGGGGCACCCUGUGGAGCUGUGCAGACUCCAAGAAAUGGGGGCGCAGCUGGGUGGUGCAAUGGAUAGAGCACCCGAGUCAAAUCCAGCUUCAGACACUUGAAAGUUAAUAGCUGUGUGAUCCUGGGCAAGUCACUUAACCCCGACUGUCCCCUUGCCAAAAAUACAAACAAAAGCAGUAGGCCCGGGUGCUGAGCCAAGGCCGCUGAGGGAGCCCCCAGGUGCAGCUGAACCUUGGACAGCUCCCAGGUCCUCCCCUCCCAGGCCCUUCGGCCCUGUCCUCAGACGUCCUGCUUCCCCUUGUCUGAGGAGGGGCCUAGGUGUGCAAGGAGACAGGCAAGGAAUCUAUUUAUGUUUCAGAUCAGUCCCUGCAUUGGCUGGGCAGCCCCUGAAGAAUGGGGACCGGGGCUGGUAUUCACACACACACACACCACUCUUUGGACAGUUUGAAACAAGAAUUUUUAACAUUAAAACUUAACAAAACGCCCCACCGAGAUCUGCGAGUGUGUGUGUUGGGGGGGUUUCUUUUACAAGUAACUUAGGUAGCUGGUUAAAAAAGCCGGGGUUGCUGUGCUGGGGAGCCAGGGACUUCAGGGGAAGCCUUUACUCCCUCAAGGUUGACCUCAGGGAAUGCAGCCAUCCCCAAACACUCCCUGGCUCUGCUUCAGAGACAGGAUGUUAUUGCACUGACUGAAUAAUUAAAUUCAGCUAAUACCAAAGCACCAUCGUUAGUCUCCUUAUCUGCACAGUGGGGCGGGGGAAUAGAUGGCCCCCACGGUCACGCACAACUUUAGUUUUAGGAAGCUGUAAAUCCACACCUGUCAUCUGUAAAAUAGAAUAAAAAGAGCAUUUAUGUGGUGUCUCCCACACCGGGCACUGUA